AGGCACAUCAGGUAGACUAUCACAUGUUCUGACAUUCAACAAUCAACCUUGGAUGUUAACACAGUACUUUAAGUUUAAACUGAUAACAAGCGAAAGCAUUAGUGUAAUAGCAACUACUUUUUUACAAGCAAUGACGCCAGAUGGUCAGCAAAUUGAACAUGUAGUUAACAUUCCUUAUGUUGACGGUUUUAAUUUCGCUGAUGGUUUUGAUAUUGUUCAAGUUUUAGUUACUGAUUUGAUCGAUGAAAAUUUAGCAAAAAGAGAAGCUAAAGCAUUACGAUACAUUUAUAGUGAUCACUUUGAUAUGUUAUUGAAGAUACUUCAUGAUAUGGACAUUCACUUGACGAUCUUGUUGAACAUCAAAACAUUCAAAGUUGUAACUCAACAUUACAAUUGGGAAGGCAUACAUCUGGCAACCAGAAUUUUAGACAUGAAGAACUCUGGAAUUAUAAUUGACGCCUUCAUUGCAAAAUCAUGA